CAAGUUCACUCCCACUUAAUCUAAAACAGUCACAACAACAAAUGCACUGACAUGCUGCUGCAUGUGGUGUAACAAAGCGGCAUAGUUUCCCAAGGAUUGUUAAACAUGCUACUUAUAUUUUAUAUAAAAAAGGAGAAAAGUAAAUGAGAAGAGUUUGACUUCCUCUGGAGCUUUCUUCACCUUCAUAAUCUGACAGAAUUCUAUUCAAACCUGAAGCCAAACCAAAUCCUGGUCCUACCUUUGAGCCCACGGGACUGAUCAUGACUUUACUUCUGGGCAUAGCUCUGCUGGCUUUGGCCCUAUCAGGGCCCACUGUGGCCUUUGUCCCCAUCGGGGGUCGUGCAUCCACUCAUAUCAGCAUCACAGGAACGGCCCUAUUGCAAAAAGUGACAGAGACAUGUCGGGCAGUGGCUGAGGCAGCUGGGCAUGAGUUCGAACCCACGGGUCCAUCUCCUGAAGAGCUGGUCCAGGCCUGUCUGGGCCCCACAGCCACAGGAGAAGUGUCUGGUGCCAAGUUUCACUCUGCUCUUCAAGAAAUCUACACCCAGAAUGGACUGAUUGACCGUGACUUUGUCAAUAGUGCUCCACACCACUUCAAUUCAGAGGCCUUUCUGGAAGGACGUGGCCUGAUCACGGAGGGUGUGGUGGCCAUUAAGGCUAAUAUCGGCAAGGAGAACUUCAAGGCUGCCAGGGAAACACUGGGCAGAGUCCUUCAUACGCUACAGGACUUCUACAGCCACAGUAACUGGGUGGAGCUGGGAUACACAGAGCCAUACACCAACCUAUUACGCCCAGACCUUCCUCUGGAAAACCUGGCAGAUGUCAACACUGCCACCUGCAAUGACUGUGCCAGUGGAACAUGUCCCAAUCCCAUCCUCUCCAACAUCCUGAAAAAGAAGAAACUCACAUCAGGCUACAUGGGAAUCUCCUCUGCCAACAAACCAAAAGGUAAAUGCAGCCAUGGCGGUGCAGGUGACCAAACUAGCACAACAGUUCCUCGCGGAGGCAUCAGCAAGGAUGAGCGUCGAUCCGACAACCUGGCCUUCCACAAUGCUGCUGUGAAUGCAGCCACAGCUGCUAGCUUGCAGCUGCUGGACGAUAUCCGGUUAGCUGCUGGAAACAAUGACUUUCUGAGAAUGCUGGGGAUCGCCCGCUCCUCUGUCGUGUGCUUUGUUAUUGACACCACUGGCAGUAUGUCAGAUGACAUCGCAGAAGCCAGGGCCGUUGUUUACGAAAUCAUUGACAGCAAAAAGGGAACACAGGAUGAGCCAUCCGAGUACAUCCUGGUGCCCUUCAAUGACCCCAGUUUUGGACCUAUGAUCCGGACAACAGACCCUGAUAAGAUGAAAAAAGAAAUCUCUAAGCUCAGUGCAACAGGUGGUGGUGAUCACCCUGAAAUGUGCCUGUCAGGACUUCAGGUGGCUCUCACCGGUGCCCCUCCCUCCUCCCACAUCUAUGUUUUCACUGAUGCCACAGCCAAAGACAUCUACCUCAAGGACACUAUUGUUGCCCUCAUCAGGAGCACCAGAUCAACUGUGUCAUUCUUCAUGACUGGGGCCGGAGGAAGGAAACGUCGUUCCCUCAGAGCUAGCUUCCAAGACUACAAGGACCUGGCUUUGGCCUCUGGAGGACAGGCUAUCCAGGUGUCUAAGAGUCAGUUGCCUCAGGCUACAGACGUCAUCCUUGACACGUCUACUUCUGCUCUGGUGACAGUUCUUCAGCGAGCAAGGAAUGGUGGGGCACAGGAGAUCUUUCCCUUCGUAUUGGACGAAUCGCUGAAAAAUACCACCAUCUACAUCACAGGAACAUCCGUUACUUUCACAGUGACUAACCCUGCAGGUGCUACCCAGAACCAGAACGAGGCCAGUGGUAAACUGGGUACCAUACAGACAGUAGGCAACCUGUAUAGAAUUCGUCUCAACGCUGACAAGCAAACAGGAACAUGGAAGAUAAACAUAAUGUCCAAACAACCAUACUCACUUAAAAUCACAGGCCAGAGCACGAUUACCUUUAUUUAUGAUUUUGUGGAAAGCUUCGGAGGACCUCACCCAGGUUAUGCAGUAGUCAGUGGGCGUCCACAAGCAGGCCAACCAGCCAACCUGAUGGUCUCAGUAAUGGGUCGGAAAGGUCCAUCAUCGAUGGCUAUUGGAGAGAUUGGCCUGGUAACUGUAUCUGGUUCUCAGAGUGUUAGCAAUGGCAAAACAACUGACAUGGGAAAUGGAGAGAUCUUGGUGACUGUUGAUGCCAUCCCUAGCGGAGAGUUUGUGGUCCUCCUAAAUGGAACCGACAAACUAUCAAACAGUCAAUUUCAGAGGCAGUCUACCACCCAGAUGUCUGUGUCCAAAGUGAAUAUCCAGGCUGUGGUAGAUAGCAGUGUGGAGCCAGGAAAAACCUUCAAGCUUCCCUUCAGUGUCAUGACCCAGGGUUCUGGUGGUAAAUACACAAUUAGCGCUAAAAAUGACAGAAAUUUCGAGAUGACCUUCCCAGACAGCAUCACCUUGACAACUGGACAAUAUACUAAUGCUACGUUGACCAUUACACCACCUGCCAACACACCAUCGGGCACUGAUGUCACUCUGACUAUGGAAGCCAAGUCAUCCAGUGGUGCUGACUCCAAUUACGUUGUUUUGAGAUUCUCUGUUGUUACCAAGAUUACAGAUUUUGUUCCUCCUUCAUGUGAAGUUGUUGGUGUGCUGGCUGAUGAUUGCCCUCAAGACGUGUCUCAGUGUGGACCUUUCAGUUGGGAGCUCUCAGCCAACCUUACUGAUGGAAAUGGCACUGGGAUAACCAGAAUUUCCCUGAAUCAGGGCAAUGGAAACUUAACACACACUUCCUUGAAUGACCCAGUCAUUAGUGCAAACUACACAGCCUCCUGCUGCUCACAGAUUGUUGAGCUGAUAGCUGUAGAUAAAACUGGGAAUGUGGGCAAGUGUUAUCAUUCCAUUGUACGUUCUGCUGGCCCUGCUUUGACCCUGUCGCUGCCAGUUUGGUUGUGCCUGGUGUUAUCUGCCUUUGUAGCAAGGUUUUAAAGGGCUAAAGUUGUUCAUUGUAUCCUACUUAAAUAAAAUGUAAGUACUAAUUAAAUAAUGGGCAAAUGUAUAAAUAAAUAUUCAUGAUCUGAAAAAA